UUAUGUUCAAAAUGGAAAAGAUGAAAAAGGAUAAAUUAGUCAACACCAAGCCCAAAAAGCUCUAUACUUCCUAAGCCCAAACAAAAUCAAGCCCAUAAAAAAUCAUUUAGCUCUAUAAAUACAGAAGUCACCCUCUCAAUUCUGUCAUCUGCAAUUCAAAAAACCAACCGUAGAGAGUGUUGCCACCUCAAACAAUUGCCACCAUUACGAAAACCAAAAUACAUGCUAAAUACCACAAACCCUCAAUGCCGAAAACCACCAUCAACCACCACCGCAAAAUCAAACGCUGCAAUUCCAGCAACAACGCAAGAAACUGGGCAGAUCUUCCCAAAGAAUUGCUCGAGAAAAUCGGAGAACAUCUCAAUUCUCGAAUCGACGUUUUCCGUUACAGAGCUGUUUGCUCUUCAUGGAGGUCCGCCAUUUCUCUUUCUCCUUCUUCGUAUAUCAAUGAUUUCACAUUUCCUUUCAUUGUUUGUCGUCUUGAACAUAGUCGUCGUAGUUGUUUGGUUAAGCUUAUCGAAACGAACCAGGGUGGGUUCAAGGUGUUGAACCCUUUAACUAUUCCUAAAGCGGAGUUCAUUUGUGGUAAGAGUCUGAAUUUGUUGGAUUGUCGAUUGAUUGAAUUGGGGGAAGGUUUGCAUUUUGAUUCGAGUAUUGAUUAUGGUGAAUUGAAUGUGAAGAAAGCUGUUUUGUUUCGUGGGUUUGGGAUUGUUGCUAUUUAUGAUUAUGUGAAAUUAGGGUUUAGGGGUUUUGGGGAUGAUAAUUGGACCAAUUUGGGUAAUAAUUCGAAAAUUCUGUUUACGGAUAUAGUAUUAUGUCAGGGUGAAGUUUAUGUGAUGGAUAAAAAUGGGAAUGUGUAUUGGAUUGAUAAGUUUAUGAAUGUUGUUAAGUAUUUGCCCCGGCUUAAUUUGUCGGGGCAACAAAAGAAUUUAGUUGAAUCUGAAGGGCAAUUGUACGUAGUUGACACAUAUAGUCGUCUGUGGACGGAGUUUGAUGAAUUUGGGGAGCUUUUUGAUAGUGGUACUGAAAAGGUUGAUAUGAAGGUAUACAAGUUGGAUGAUAAAUGGGGGAUAUGGGUUCAGGUUACUUCGUUGAAUGAUCGAGUUUUUGUUCUAGGAGAAGAUGUUUGUUUCUCUGUUUCGGUUAAUGAUUUCCCCGGUUGUGAGGGAAAUUGCAUAUAUUUCAUUGAUCGUCUAUCUGUGAGGGAUGCUGCGUUUUCACAUAGGCUUGUAAGAUAUCAUGAUGCUAAAAUCGGAUACUAUGUCCCUCGUGUUUUGAAAUUGGAUGAUCGCGUCAUGAGAGAUAUUCAAGUGUCAUCACCUAGCCUCAAGCGAUUGUUCUCUCCACCCAAGGAUUGUUUUUGCUCAACCCUAUCCUGCCCCUGAUACCAAAUGGUAACAUUGCACUGUAUAUACAAGUAUUAUAUUUUCGUUUUGUUUCGUUGAACUAAUAUGAUAUAUCGGUGCUUCUGUAUCCAAUGAGGGAGAAUCUGCUGCUUUUUGGCAUAAGAGUAUUGCUGCUGGAUAUUUGAGCUCUCUAGAAGAAAUUGUAACUCAAUCUGGUCGUAGUGAUCUUGGUGAAAUGUAGUCCUUCAAGUUAGUUGUUAUUUUUACAGUUUAAUUUAGUGGGAAUAGGUUGAUUAAAAGGGAAAAAAACUUGAUCUUGUAUAUAUUUAUGCUAAAGCUUUUGAAAGAACCCGGAAUCAGCACAUUAGUGAUACUUUGAGCUUUGUAGUGCUGGGUUCCUAAAGAUAUGAUGGCUGUUGCAAGAAAUGUGAGAUUGUAUAUAAUGGUCUGUUUGGAUUUAUGAAAUCCUGGAAUUGGGCUAAAUAGGCUGUUUGGAUAACUCAAGAAUUUGGAAUUGUAAUUAGCCCAAAUCCAAGCCCUUACAAACAUAACUGUAGCUUUAAGAAUUUGAAAUUCUAAUACAGUUGACGUAAUUUGAAAUUCUUGUUUCUCUCGCCACCACUACCCUCAACUAUCACAGCACUCUUCUACCACGAUUCUCCCUUCUCCACCAUGGCACCGUUGCUUAAAUACUUCAACCACCGUCACUUAAACACCAUUGCAAUGCCACCUAAGCCACCUCCGCCGUCACAAUCAUUCUAAUAAUCAAU